AUGUCCUUUACCAAAAGUGCCCUAACACUUUCCAUUUCUGCAGUUAUUUCUACUUCUAUUUGGGCGGAAAAUCAAACCAAUACUGAAAAAAAUCCACAACAAUUAGAAACCAUUACCGUUGUUGGACAUCCCUUGGUCCGUUCAAGUCAAGAUUUUGGUGUUGCAGAUGAAACUGUUUCACGUGAAAAACUACAACAGGCUGGCACGACUUUAGGUGAAGCACUCAAAGAUGAAUUAGGGGUCUAUUCCAAUACCUUUGGGGCGGGUUCUAGUCGCCCUGUAAUUCGUGGGCAAGAGGGUGCACGGGUUAAAGUGACUCAGAAUGCAACAGAGACAAUGGAUGUUUCAAGCUUAUCACCCGAUCAUGCCGUCACUGUAGAUCCGCAGCUGGCACAAAAAAUUGAAGUCAUUCGUGGACCAUCAACAUUAUUAUAUGGGGCUGGGUCUGUGGGUGGUUUAGUCAAUGUGGUUGACAGUAAGAUUCCGACAGCAAUGCCUGAAAAUGGUUAUGAAGGCAAUGUUGGUCUGCGUUAUAACACAGGCAACGACGAAAAAAUGGCACAUGCUGGGGUGACUGUUGGAUUAGGUUCAAAUGUUGCAUUACGUGUAGAAGGCUUAAAACGUGACGCCAAUGAUUACAUUACCCCGAACUAUAUCGUAACAGAAGAGCAUGGUGAUCAUGCUCAUAGUACGAAAGAGCGUCGAGUUGGCAAUACAUUUUCAGAGUCUGAAAAUGUAAAUGUUGGCUUAUCUUGGAUCGGCGAGCGUGGUUUUGCUGGCGUGUCUUAUAGCAAUCGCCAAGAUCAAUACGGCUUUAAAAAACUUCGUGCACAAGCAAGUUAUACCGACUAUCAACAUGAUGAAAUUGAAGGAAGUACAGCAAUGACAACCUUCAAGAGCAAAGGUUAUGAAGGUCGUGUUGAGUUGUUACACAAUCCGAUUGCUGCUUGGGAAGGCGUGUGGGGUGUCCAAGCCAGCCAGCAAAAAUUAGAUAUCACAGGUGAAGAAGCGGUUCUUGCACCAAAUAAAACCCAAAAAUAUAGUGUAUUUGGCUUAGAGCAUCGCCAAUUUGGUGAUUUUCAUGUGGAAUUAGGGACUCGUUUUGAUCAUCAAACAGUGGAUGUCGACUCAGAUCAAAAAGACUUUGAUGGCAAUGCAUUCUCAUAUUCUGGUGCUGUGAAUUGGGCAUUUGCACCAAAUUACACGCUCUCUUUAACGGGUUCUCAUCAAGAACGAUUGCCUUUAGCACAAGAACUUUAUGCUGAUGGAAAGCAUUAUGCGACCAACACUUAUGAGUUGGGCAAUCAAGAUUUAAAUAAAGAGAAGUCAAAUAAUGUGGAAUUAGGUCUCCAUUAUGAUAAUGACAAGUUGAGCUAUCAUGUACAUGUCUAUCAAAAUUGGUUUGAUAACUACAUUUAUGCCAAAACUUUGGAUCAAUACGAAAACUUCCGUCUGAUCAAAUAUAGUCAAGAUAAAGCCAAGUUCUAUGGGACAGAAGGUGAAGUCGCUUAUCAGUGGAAUGAUGUGUAUAAAACCAGUCUGUUUGGCGACUAUGUACGCGGUAAAAUUGAAGAUGAAAAUGCACCGCGUGUUCCUGCUGGUCGUUUAGGUGCUCGUGUAAAUGCUGAGUUUGAUGAGCGUUGGUCUGGUUCAGCAGAAUAUUCACAUGUGUUUAAUCAAGAUAAAUUUGCGUCUUAUGAACAAGAAACCAAAGGUUAUAACAUGGUGAACCUAGGCGUUGCUUAUCAGUAUCCUUUGGCCAACAAACAAGAAGCGAAAGUAUUCUUUAAAGCCAACAACCUGUUGGACGAGAAGAUUUAUGAACACACUUCUUUCUUAUCGAAUAUUCCGCAAAUUGGACGUAACUUUGUCAUAGGUAUGGACUAUAAGUUCUAA